UUCGAAAUUGAAUGUUUCCGAAAGCGCAAAGCAAGAUGAAGCAAGACACCACCGUCCUGCUUAAAUUGCAGAACAGUAACAUUUACAGGAUUCCAAGAAGCGCCUCUUCUUCAAACCAACCUCUCAAAGCGUUGUCCCUUCCUUACUCUGAGCCUGCCCAGAAAAGUGAAGCAUUGACGUGCUUUCUGGUGCUCAUUCGUGUCAUAAGAAUGUGUCCUGCAUUCUGGCCACCUUGCAACUUCAGCUCCUGAUGUUGCAUUUGAAGGGUGCCCCACCAUUAGUUCGGUGCUCUCACUGAUUCUAGGUAGAUUACAUACGAAGAGAUGGCGUCAGAGUGUGCGGCACUUACAUCUAGCGUGACCCUGAACACGGGGUUCGAGAUGCCAGUGCUCGGCCUGGGAACCUACAAAGCGAAGGGCGUGGACGUCAGAAAUGCAGUCAAGUGGGCAAUUGAGGCAGGGUAUCGACAUAUCGACACGGCAUCAAUCUACAGGAAUGAGGAGGAUAUCGCCGAAGCUAUUCGAGACUCUCGGGUAGCCCGAGAGAGUCUCUUUAUCACCAGCAAAGUGUCGCCCUAUCAACAAGGGUACGAGAAGGCGCGCAAAGCCCUGCAAGAAAGCCUCACACGAUUAGGGACCGACUACUUGGAUCUGUAUCUGGUUCACUGGCCCGGGGCUUCCUCCGUUCCGGUGACGUCAGAACGGAACGUUCACUUGCGGCAUGAGACGUGGCGGGCCAUGGAGGAGGCGUUCCGAGAAGGCCGAUGCCGUUCGAUCGGCGUCAGCAACUUCCUGCGGACGCACCUCGAGGAGCUGCUGUCCGCAUCGUCCGUAGUGCCCGCAGUGAACCAGAUCGAGGUACACCCGUACCUCACGCAAGAGGGGCUGCGGGAGUUUUGCGCGAGCAAGGGCAUCCGGGUGGAGGCGUAUUCACCCCUAGGCUGCGGCGAGCUCCUUUCGGACGCCACGGUCGUCCGGUUGGCGCACAAAUUCGGACGUACUCCCGCUCAGGUCCUGCUGCGGUGGGGGCUCCAAACCAAUCUGAUCGUGAUCCCAAAAUCAGUCACGAAGGAGCGGAUCGAGGAAAAUGCGAGAGUCUUCGACUUCGACUUCGAGUUAGAAGGAGAGGACGUCGCGUCGCUCUUGGCACUCAACAAGAACGAGCGGUUUUGCUGGUCUCCCGAAGGCGUCAGGUGACAAAGCGCACACGUCAGCUCGUUGACAUGGCACUCCUUUGCUGCAGAAGACUUACGCAAUGAAGAAGAUCAGUCGACUUGAUGAGGAGCUUUGCCAAUAACGAUUCGGUGGACGUACAUAGUUGGAGGCUUGGUUUCAUUGGCGUUCUCUCCAGCUUGUCAAUCAUUACAGUAGGAGCCUUAGCAAGUCAACCGGCGCUUGUGACGGGACGGUACAAAGUACUAUAAAACUCAAGAAAGCUGAAACUUAGUAAGCCAAGAUAAUUAUAAGCUCCGACUAAUAAUAAAAACCCUAACCCAGAAAUACACCCGCUCCGCACCCGUACCACCCUAAUUACCAAACUAACCCUAGCUACCCGUCCCAGUGCGGUUACCUUCCUAAUGUCUCGGCUUACUAUUGUUUUUCUUGAGGUUGAUCCAAGUGAUGAGGUAGUCGGAGAGUCUCGGAGUUGCACGCUAGAGUGACUUAUCUUGGGACCUUAGUAGCUCUCCUUAAAACCUCAUUGGCAGAUGGGGUGGCAUUGUAAGUAGCUGCGACAUGCUUCGUACAAUUGGACAUGAAGUCCAAGGCGGCUGCCAGAAGGCCGGCCUUGACUUCAAGUCACUUUCAUAGAAAAGCGGGCACAUUAAAACACUGUACGUGCCACCGAAUUGGGCUCGAAAUCUCUUGAAGACAAACUAUAAACGAG